AUGAAAUAUAUAUUAUUUUUUUUUAUAAUAGGUUUAUUAUAUGUAAAAUCUCAAGAUUUUCCAGUGAUUAACCCAAAUUAUGUUUCUUAUGUGUCAUACAAUAAUUAUUUAGAAGGUUUUACAUUCUCAAGUAAGGAGUACAACUUUGAUAGUCAAAAAAUAACUGUUCGUGAAUUUGAAGAUGUUAUAAUUUAUUCCGAUUGGACUUCAGAAACUUCUUCAAUAAAUUUUAAUUCAACAUGGUACAAUUAUCCAACCAACUCUGAAAUGGGUUCAUCUUUUGAUUUUUUAAAACCAGAAAAUUAUUUAUUUGUUAGAAAUGAAACAAUUGAUAGAGGAUUUAGUUGUUCAGUAUUUGAAAAUUCAAUCGAUGAUACUAUUACAACACCAAUCCAAGCUAUUUCAAAAUUUGAUUUAACUGGUGAAAUCGAUAUUACAUUAAUCAAGUCACUAGGUGGUCAAUCAUGUUUUAACCAAGUGGUUGGUAAUGUUGAUAGUGCCAAAUUUACAUGUGAACACAAAGAUGGAAAAACUAAAUGUUCAAUUUUGUAUACUGAAUCCUCAACUGAUUCAUCAUCAUCAUCAACUGAUUCAUCAUCAUCAUCAUCAACUGAUUCAUCAUCAUCAUCAUCAACUGAUUCAUCAUCAUCAUCAUCAUCAACUGAUUCAUCAUCAUCAUCAUCAUCAACUGAUUCAUCAUCAUCAUCAUCAUCAUCAUCAACUGAUUCAUCAUCACCAUCAUCAACUGAUUCAUCAUCACCAUCAUCAACUGAUUCAUCAUCACCAUCAUCAACUGAUUCACAAACACCAACACCUAAUGAAGAAAAUACAAUUAAUAAAUUAAAUAUGAAAUUAUUAUCAGGAUUAAAAGAAAAUAAUCCAAUUACAACUGAAUGUACAUUUGAUGGUAUUUUAGAAAAAGAAAUUGUUGAAACAUUUGGUAGUUAUGAAAAUAUUGUAAAUAGCGAUGUUAAUAUCACAGUAGAAAUCAACGCUAAAAUUACCACAUAUAUUUCCCUUCCAAAUAAUAUUCCAGUUCGUAUCAUUUUCAAAGGUGAUGUUGGAUUUGAUGGUAAAAGUAAACCAGUUGAUGUAAACAUUGGAUUUGUAGGUUGGACUUUAUUAGAAGCAUUACCAAGUUCAUUUGCUAAACCAGAUUGUGAAAAUGACAAAUGCCCAGAUUUACCAAUAGAUAAUGGAUCAUUUGAAUUUCCAAAAGAUUUAAAAUUAGAAGAUGCCACUACCCUUUCAUUAAACAAUACAGAAUUUUCAGCAGUCUUUGAAGAAGUUGUAGACUCCUCAUUAAAUAGUGUAAAUAAUUGGUAUCAUGAUCAAAGUUUACAAAUGGAUGCUUUCAUUAUCGAACAAACAAAAGGUGAAACUUAUUCACGUAUUUCAAAUAAUGGUUUAAAUUCAUUCAAUGUUGAUUCAUUCACAUUGUCUUGUAAUAAUAAUAAAAUUAAAACAAGUGAUUUAAUAGAUGAAACUGUCAUUGAAAUCUUAACAAAUGCAUCAAAUCUCCAAUGGACAUUUGUUACUAGAACAACUAGACGUUCAGUUGCUGUUGACCAAUGGAAUACAGCUAUCGAUAAUAAUAAAUCUGUUAAUUUAUACACUUUUGCAAGAGGUUGGCAAUUCCUUUUCAGACAUGGUUUAAAUAGUUUAACAAUGUCAAUUCCAGUUGCUGUUGAAAUUAUUACAACUUCUUCAAAUGAAGAAUCAACAACAACAACAACAACAAAGAAAGAAAUAGAUAUAUUCUUAUUUGAUAUUAUUUCAAUUCCAACAAAGAUUAAAGAUUUUAAUGAAGAAUCUUGUAUUCCAACUUUACCAACUACCUAUGAUUCAAUGAUUACAAUUAAUAAUUUGAAAUAUGGUUAUACUCAACAAUAUCAAGAGAUUUAUUCUUCAAUUGAUACUACCUCUACUACCAUUGGUAGAUAUCAUUCAUCAGAUUUAUAUUCAGUCUAUAAUAAGAAUCAAUCAGUUACCCAAUGGGGCUCAACAAACAACGACCAUAAAUGUAAAACAUUUGAGAAUGUUAAAAAUCAAUAUCACUACUCUUCAACAUUGGCUAAUCAAUUAUCUGAUAUUUCAACUUUACCAAAGACUUUUUCAAAACUCACAGAUACAAUUCAUCAAUGGAGUUCAACAAAUUCAACUCAUGCUAUUGUUCAUACUUGGUCAACCAAUGGAGAAUCAGCUUCACCAAUUAAUAUUACAAUCUCUUUAAUUAAUCAAUCUGAAUCUUUAACUACUUUAAUUCAAACCAUUGAUUUUUAUUCAUACUCAACUUCUACUCUUACAAAUGUUAAUAUUCCAACAAAUUGUACAAUUGUAAAAAUAGAAAAUGAUGAUGAUGAUGAUGAUGAUGACGAUGAAAAGGAUAAAGAUGAAGAAGAUGAAAUUAAAACUGAUAAUUUAGAACAACAAGUUAAUGAUCAUGAUGAUGACGAUGAUGAUGUUCCAUAUGGUCCAAAAUCAUUUGAUAAAGAAUUUACUUUACAAACUAUUGAUACUAAAAAACAUCCAAAAGUAUUAAAAACUUUUACAAUUAAUAUUCAAGUAACAAAUACAGAUAAAGAUGGUAUUAUAACAAAAUCAAAUAAUGUCAUUUGGAAAUAUAGUAAAGAUAAAUUAGCAGAAUCCUAUAAAUACACCAAUAAAGUUGAUGGUGUUGAAUUAUGUUUCACCGAUUCAUCAAUGAAUAUUGCAAACAUUUCAUUGAAUGGUAGUAAAUCAGAUGGUCCAUUUUCAAAUGCUUAUUAUAACAAAUACUUCUUUGGUGAUAAUUCAAUUGCAAGAUUAUUCACUGAUCAAUCCUAUUUGAAUCAAUUUACAAUUUCAACCACCUAUACAAACAUUGAUGGAUUAAAUUUAACUACAUUAUCAAAAGAAAGUGAUAAUUCAAAUGUUUAUUACUUCCCAGCCGGUUGGAGUUUCGAAACUUUUGAUACCACAAACACUGACCUUUCCACUCCAUUAUUAAUUACAAAGGUAAAUAAUGGUUCAACUGAAACUUGGAGAAUCAUUAAAUAUGAUAACACUGUCGAUAGUGAUUUAUACUCUAAAUGUCAACCACCAAAGAAAGGAGGAAUUCAUGUUAAUAUCUCCAAAAAUGGUAUCAUUGCCGUUGUCGUCAUUGUUGUCGUUGUUAUUAUUGGUGUUGGUGCUAUCGUUUUUAUAGUCAUUAAAAAGAGAGGUGGUCUUGGUAAAAAAAUGCCUGCUCACAUCUUAUUGGAUGAACAAGAACAAAAUAGAACUUAUGAAAAUUAA